CAGUCUACACUAUUUAGGGGAAAGGUCGCGGUUGUUAGGUUUUAUAUUCACCGUGUGCUCAUUCAGAGUUCCAGAAGAGGACAAUCUGUGGAAAGGUUCGAUCCUGACAGUGGUGGAUUUUACAUCAUGGCGCUCCUCAGAGGUGUAUUUAUUGUAGCUGCCAAGCGCACUCCAUUUGGUACCUAUGGUGGUGUGCUGAAGGACCACAGUGCAACCGACUUGGCUGAGCAUGCAGCCAAAGCGGCCCUAGCUGCUGGAGGCAUAGCACCAGAACUUGUAAACAGUGUCAUCAUGGGAAAUGUGAUGCAGAGUUCAGCUGAUGCCCCAUACAUUGCUCGACAUGUGGGUCUGAGGUGUGGCGUCCCAAUCCCAGUGCCUGCUCUUACUGUGAACAGACUUUGUGGAUCUGGUUUCCAAGCUAUCAUCAACGGCGCUCAUGAGAUUUGCCUCAAGGAUUCGGAGGUGGUCCUGUGUGGAGGCUCAGAGAGUAUGAGCCAGGCCCCGUACGCUGUUCGCAACAUACGAUUUGGAACAAAGUUGGGAUUUGACCUCAAGCUAGAGGACACCUUGUGGGCGGGUCUGACUGACCUGCAUAUCAAAAUCCCCAUGGGCAUCACAGCAGAAAACCUGGCAGAUAAAUACCAGAUCACACGAGAAGAGUGUGACAACUAUGCUUACCAGACACAACAAAGGUGGAAGGCAGCUCAUGAGGCCGGUCACUACACAGCAGAAAUCGCUCCCAUUGAGGUGAAAGCUAGGAAGGGUAAAGUAGCUAUGGCUCAGGAUGAACACCCUCGCCCUCAGACCACACUGGAACAGAUGGCCAAACUGCCCACUGUCUUCAAGAAAGGAGGGACUGUUACUGCUGCGAAUGCUUCAGGUGUAUCUGAUGGUGCUGCUGCCUUGGUGAUUGCAAGUGAAGAUGCUGUGAAAGAGCACAAGCUCACUCCGCUGGCUAGACUUGUGGCCUACCAUGUGUCAGGCUGUGACCCAAGCAUCAUGGGAAUUGGUCCUGUUCCAGCAAUCACAGAAGCCCUAAAAAAAGCUGGUCUGACUAUCAACGACAUGGAUCUUGUCGAGGUGAACGAGGCUUUUGCCCCUCAGUACCUGGCUGUUGCUAAGGCUCUUGGUCUGGAUCCAGCAAAAAGCAAUGUGAACGGUGGAGCUAUUGCCAUCGGACAUCCUCUCGGUGCUUCAGGAGCACGAAUCACUGGCCACCUGGUCCAUGAGCUCAGGCGACGUGGAGGGAAGUAUGCUGUGGGAUCUGCUUGCAUCGGUGGUGGUCAGGGCAUUGCAGUCAUCAUUGAAAACUGCUGAUUGAAGAAGCUGCAAAAUCCAGAAGAACUCCUCAAGAAGAAUGUCAAACACCAACGUCCACUCAAAAACAAUGAAAUGUAGAUGGAACAUGAUAAAAAGAGAUUAAAAUGUACACAUAAAUAGACAGAGAAAGUUUUUCUAACAUGAGUAACUGUGCCUCAAUUUUUCUUUGGUAAUCAAUGAAAAGAAACACUUAACAUACAGGUUUUUACUGCUUUCUCUUGUUUCUUUUUUCAGCCAGUUUCUAAAAAUAAUGUACAAAAAGCCUUAGUUCAGAUUUAGUGUUUGGGAGCCCAGAUGUGGGAAAAGCUCACUCAUGUCACUGUGCUCAUCGUACAGUGGAAGCAUGUACGACACAAGCAUCUGUGUGUGUGUGUGUGCCUAAAACAGAUCUUGUUCCUUGGUCACAUUUGCAUGUGCAGCCCAUGGGGAUUAGUUAGUGUUGGUUUCAGUAAGGUUUAAAUGAACUCUGAACUCUGAUGUUUGCCUUAAAAUGACCUCUAUCACUCCAUUGUCAGGCAACUGUAAAACCAGAGAGUAUGCUAUGUGGCCCAUGAUCUGGUACGGGAAACUGAUUUUGUAUUUAUGUUUCAAAAGUACUCAAUAAAUAACAUUUUCAACAGG